AUGGCGAAGGUUGCACGAGCUGUGGCGUGCCUGUUCUACUUGGCAUUCACCAUCACGCAGACUGUGGAAGCAGCAUCUUGGAUCAAUCCGUUCCCUGUAGAACCUUGCAACGGUGUGGACAUCAAGGGCAUCACUGUGGCACAGCUUCAGCAUCACUUCGCAAACAAGACCCUUACAGCGGUCCAACUUGCGCAGUGCUACGUAAAUCGCAUCAACAAGACGAACAUUUACGUGCACCAUGUCAUCGAGAUUAACCCAGACUGGAGAACAAUCGCACAGGGAUUGGACGACGAGCGAGCGAAAGGAGUCGUACGAGGCCCACUGCACGGUAUCCCGAUUCUGACGAAAGACAAUAUUGCCACGAACGACAAGGUUCAGACGACCGAUGGCAACCUCGCCCUCUUAGGGAGCAAGGUGUCGGGAGACGCCUUUGUAGUAGCGAAGCUCAGAGCCGCCGGCGUUGUGCUCCUCGGUCAUGCCAACGAGUCCGAGGACGCAGACCAUCGUGCUGUUCUAGCCUUCUCAGAAGGCUGGUCUGACCGCGGAGGUCAGUGCCGUAACGUGUGGAAUGGCACCCAGCAGACUGCGGGCAGUUCAACAGGCCCCGCUCAAGCAGUCGCGGGCUACAAUAUCCUGCUCAGUGUCGGUACUGAAACGCACGGCUCUGUACUUCAUCCUGCCGGACAUGCUGGUGUAGUCGGUCUCAAACCAACGGUCGGCCUUACGUCGCGCAACGGUGUCAUCCCAGGCUCUCACAACCGUGACUCCGUCGGGACCUUCGCCCAGAAUGUCCACGAUGCCGCGCUCCUGCUCGAUGCGAUGUAUGGGCCUGAUGACAACGAUCCGUGGUCCCUAGCACAGGUCGGUAAGACGCCUAAUGGCGGGUAUGCGCAGUUUGCGGUGAACUCGUCCGCUCUCAAGGGUGCCGUCUUCGGCAUCCCGUACCCGAUCUGGUGGUCGACGAUUGGAGGCCUUCGAGCGCCGGGCAACGAGGCCAAGUUUCUCGCCCGACUGGACAUGUUGAAGCAAGCUGGCGCAACUAUAGUGAACAUGACCGUACCACUGCCCUAUGCCUACGACAUCCAGAACGCGUAUGGCUGGGGUGAUGCGAUUAAUACGACAUACUGGCUGCAAAGCGCCCGCUACCUCAAUGUCGACCUCUACAACGGUUACACUGAAUGGUUGGGUCAAAUCUCGUGGCCGAACGGGACUGCUGGCAACCUACCGCUACAGAACCUCGGCGACCUCGUCGUCUGGAACAACCAGAACAACAGCACGACCGGAGCGCUAGGUGGCGCGUACCCGUGGAGAAGUGGACAAGAUGCGCUGGUAGCCGCUGUUGCCACCGGCGGAGUGCGUGAUGCGCGAUACUGGACAGCUUGGUAUUGGCGCCUUGCAAGGAGCCAGGCCUGCAUUGAUGGAGCGUAUUCGUACACAACCAGUAACGGCACGACGAUCAAGCUUGAUGCGAUCCUCAUCCCAAACGUAGGUGGCGGCGGAGCCUCGUCAAGCAUCGCCAGCGUGGUGGAUGCCGCUCAAUACCCAGCCGUCACCAUUCCGAUCAACGUCGACGGUUUCAACGUCCCCAUGGGUCUUGGGAUAUGGGGUACCUCAUACUCGGAAGCCAGGCUCGUGAAGUGGGCAUCAGCGACGGAGUCCUUGUUCGAGUUUGCGGCGGAGUUCCAACCAGAAUUCUACAACUACAAUACCACCAAGAUCCCGUUCGAUGCACGCUGGCCGGGUUACACCUGCACGUAUGACUCGCUGGCCCAUCUUGGGUGCUCCGCGUAG